ACGCGCCAAUAGGACCUCGGUAGCUCGUGUUUGGCUCAGCUCACCGCCUUGCUUGUUCUGCCCACUAUGAUUAAUUUGCUUCCAUUUGAAAGGACAGGCUCUGGUCAAUUAUAAAAAUUGGGUUAGUUAUAAAAAAAUAUAGACUUUGCUACGCUACUAGCCUCAUCGACUGUGCCGUCGGGCUCCAGAUUGAUAUAACAUAUGGUGUGGUUAGCUGAUAUUUAAAUACAUAUUCAGGCAUUGUAACAUCUGGUAUGCGUCAGCAACGCCUGGGAAGAGGAACGCGCCGAUAAUCUGCGCAGAAAUGUUUUGGGGUUUCAGGAACGAACGGUUGAAACAUUGCAGGGAAUAGGCCUACUGGCCGCGAAUGUUCCCUCUCCCAGGCCCCUGAGCCUGUGCAGGGAUGUGAUAUCGAUCGGUAUGUGACUGAAGGAGUGGGAUGCGUUAUUGUUUAUUUAUUUUUCUUUUUUUAUGUCAUUUUUCCUGAAAUAUUUUUCCCCACAGUUCACUACUCCGUACAGUAGGUGGCGGAAAUACAGUUUAUAGUUGUGGACCACAAUUUGUAGUCUGCAUGGCUGCCAUAAAACCUCAGAGAAGAAGACGAAAGGUGAGCUAGCAAAACAUAUAACACAAGUUAUUACCACGUUUUUGAGUAAGAACAUCCGAGAAACAAGUUGACUCAAUGUAUGGGUAAUUUAGUUGUUUGAUUUAAAAACUUUAAAAUGACUGUAACUCGUGUAUCAUGCCAGAGCGGCUAGCUAGAUAUUUAACGUUAGUUAGCUAAGUAGCGGAGUUACGUAGCUAACGCUACCUAGCUAGCUACCUUACUUACAAAACAAGGACUGAAUCCUGAGCCUCUUGUUGUAGCUUGCUUAUUAGAACUGUUGGGAAACGUCCCAUCUAGCUAAUCACUACCAUGAGUCUGACGAUGGAGGCCAGUGUCUCUUUCCUCCAAUAUGAACUUGCAUCGACCAUCGAACGGGCAGUAAGGUGUGCAGUUGAAACCGUUUUAAAGGAAACUGCCAGAGUAGUCGGCAUCAAAAUGACCGCAGCUCGGACUGCUGCUGCUGAGUCUCAUCGGGAGAACCAAAGUUUGAGAGAGAGACUUGAGCUAUCAGAGGGUGAACUCAACGCUGUACGGUACUACAUGACAGCAGCCGAGAACAACAUCAAACAGUGUUUACUCCUUAAUCACAACCAUCCUAGAUCAGGUACAUUAGGUCCUGGUACGGGGAGUCCAUCCAGCAUGCUGAAUAGGGGCACGACCCGUGUGCCCAAGUCGUUUCGAGCCUCAUCCACAAGAUCCCAGUUUUUGAAGUCACUCCCUAGUGUAGGUCUUUGCUUACCAACAGUGCAGCAUGAAUGGCCCAGGAGCAGCUCAAGCUUGAGAGGAAUACGGACAUCCUCCUCCACUGUCUCUUGCUCCAAUCCUUCACAAACAUCCAAAGCGCCACAAGUAGAGGUUGAAAGCUCACCUCAACACACUGAGGAGGAUACAGAGGAUCAAUUCUACAUCACGGAUGAUGGAGUUGUAGAGAAAGAGUACAAAGUCAGUGCAAGUGGAUCAGAGGACUCUAGAAGAAUUCCACACGAGCAGGAGGGGGAAACAGUGGCAGCAGAGGUCCCUCACAGAACCUCUAUUACCAACUUUGAGUUUGAGAUGGGUCCGAGUCACCCAGCAGGCAAUGUGAAUGACCUGGGCCUGAUCCAGGUGCUGGAUGAGGUGCAAGAAGUCAAAGGAACAGUUAAAAUUGAAAACGACCCUGAGUUACCUAGUAUGCUGGAGUCACAUCUCCCUGAAUCAUCACAACUGCCGCCACAGAUGCCAACUCAAAUCGAUAACCAUGAUGGUGACAAUGAUGGUAACUUCAUGGGCUUUGUCCCACCUAUUGUAGGGGACCCUGUACUUAUUGGGGCUUUUGAAGUCAGAAGGGAGAGCUCAGAUAAGGUGCAUCGCUGCAACGUGUGUGGCCGGGGCUUCCGUCGCUUCUACUGUCUGAAGACACACCAGCGCAUUCACACGGGUGAGCGGCCAUAUCCCUGCAGGUAUUGCGAGAAGCGUUUCCGCCACCUGGACAGUCUGCAUAAGCACCAGCGCAUCCACACUGGGGAGAGGCCCUACCGCUGUGCCCAGUGUGGCUGCUGUUUCAGAGAGCUGGGCCAGCUCAAGAAGCACAGGCUGACCCACUCACCUUCCCCCACCACACCCCACCCGUCAUUGUCUUUACUUCAAGCAGGGCCCUCAUACACAUGGCCACACCUCCACUCACAGUCCCCGGAUUCCUGAUCAGGAUGGAUUUGGUACACAUUCAUACACACGUUUGAUAAAUGUGAUGUGAUGGAGAUAUUAUUUGUGUUAAGGUCAUCCUAAUCAGAAGUUAAUAUUAUUAAAUUGAUAAUGUAGACAAGCUGAUUGUGUAUAGAGUCAUAUUUAUUCUAAUAUAUAUUCUCUUUUCUACUUGUUCACAAUUUUCUUCAUUUGCAUAAAAGGGUGUUCAUUAUGUUGUCAUAGAUAUGAGAGGUUUGCAGAUUCCACCUGGAAAGGUUUAUAGAGCCAUUUGGCAUCAAGGGUUGAUUUCCAUUUACUUUAAAAAUAUAAUUUUUUGUAUAAAAUGGAAAUACAGAAUACUUGAGCUGAGUUGGGAGCACAAGGCAGAAAUCAUUGGUGUAUUUUUGUUGGUAUCACAUCACCAUUGUCAACAGUUAAAUGCCAUAAAUAGCCCAUAUCAGGGAGGUGAUAUGUAUUUUAAAUUAUUCUUCUGGUGUAUUGUUUUUAUAUUGAACUGUGUGAGUUAGUCUGUUCAAUUUGAACAGCAAUGCAUUUACAUUAAGUUUUUGACAAUUUACCAAUAAAAAGUGACACUUUCACAGUA